AUGCCUCGGAGUCAAAAGAGUAAGCUCCACACUCGUGAGGGACACCGCAAGGCACAAGGUGAGGCUCAGCCCUGUGAGGGUGCGAAGGCCACAGCAGCAGUGGAAGGGGAGUCCACUCCCUCCUCCUCUCCUCUGUGUGAAGACACUGCCCAGAGUCUGCCUACUACUGGGUCCAGGGGCACUUCUCAGCAGCAUGGAAGAGCAGAACCCACCACCACUACUUCUGAAGCCCUUUCUGGCACCAGAUCUGAUGAAGAUUCCAGCAACCAAGAUGAGGAAAUGGACAGCCACAAUGAGACCCCAAUCUACGUUGAAAGCCCAGGCGAAGAAAUACUGACCAGGAUGUCUAUCUUGCUGGAGCAGUUCCUUCUGUACAAGUAUAAAAUGAAACAAGCCACUUUGAAGCCAGACAUGAUCAAGAUUAUUGGCCCAAAUUACGAAGAGCAUCUUCCGGAGCUCCUCAGGAAAGCUGCUGAACGCAUUGAGAUUGUCUUUGGAGUCGAUGUGCAGGAAAUCGAUUCAACUAGACAACUGUAUGACCUCAUCUGCAAAAUCAAUCUCCCCAACAAUGGGAGGGUGCGUCCUGGCAAGGGGUUACCCAAGACCAGUCUCCUGAUGAAUAUUCUGGGAAUGAUCUUCAUGAAGGGCAACUCUGCACCUGAGGAAGACAUGUGGAAAUUCCUGAGUAUGAUUCAAGUAUAUCCUGGCAGGAAGCACUUCAUCUAUGGAGAGCCCCGGAAACUCAUCACCAAAGAUUUAGUCAGGCUGGAGUACCUAGAGUACCGCCAGGUGUCCAACAGUGACCCGCCACGCUAUGAGCUCCUGUGGGGUCCGAAAGCCCUAGUUGAAACCACUAAGACCAAAAUCCUGCAAUUUUUGUCAAAAGUCAAUGAUAGCAUCCCUACUGUUUUCCCAUUCUCUUCUGAAGAGAUUCUGGGUGAACAGAAAGAGAAAGCCAAAGCCAGAGGUGCAACCAUAGCUAGUACUACUUCCAAAGCCCAUAUCCCUGCCAGUGUCAUGGCCAGGCGUGACUUCCCACCUCUGAUGAAAUCUCACGUUUCUAGACCUCCAGACAAGAAAAUGCAACAACAGAGUAAGAAUUAGAUUUUUAGCAAAGUGAAAGAAUCUCACAGUAAAAUAGUAUGGAUAAUAGAAGAGGGAAAAAAAAAAGGUCUUUCCAGUUUUUCUAGUUCCUUUCAGGCUU